AUGGUCGCCCCCGUCCGCUGGGUAUCCGCUCCGUCUCUCAUCCCGGUGUGCCUCCGGUCGUCGGCGCGUCGAGCCUCGCCGCCGUCCACGGCCUCCCGCUGGGGUGCUCGCCGCUCCACUCACCCUCACCUGAGACUGGCCUUCAGUAUAAAAAGUAUGAGCUUCUCCCAUAUUCUGCCCUUCCUCUUUGCCAUUCAUGAGAUCAACCAGAAUCCAAGGCUCUUGCCCAACAUCACCCUGGGCUACAACCUCUAUGAGAACUUUUUCAAUGCAAGGAUGACCUAUGAGGCCAUGAUGGACCUGCUGUCGACAGGGCAGGAGAAUGUCCCAAACUACAGUUGCGGAACACCCAAACAUCUGCUGGCAGCGCUUGAAGGAACCCAUUCUGAGCUCUUUCAUGAUGUUACCACUAUGUUGGGCAUUUACAAAAUCCCACAGGUCAAUUAUGGGGUCAUCAGCCACAUUCCUGAGCAAAAACAGUAUUUUCCUUUUUUCUACCGGCUUCAUCCGUUCCUAAGAAACUUCCAGCUUUACAAUCUUUCAGGGGAUGAGGUUUAUUUGGAUGAGAAUGGAGAUCCUGCUACUGACUUCGACAUCAUGGAUUGGGCAGUAUUUCCCAACAAAACUGCUGCUGGGGUGACAAUCGGAAAGAUAGAAAGGGAGGCCUCUUCCGAAGUCAAGCUCUCCAUCGAUCAGAGGGCCAUCAUAUGGCCAAGUUCAUUUCACCAGAAAAUGCCUUUCUCGAGGUGUACUGAAAGUUGUCUCCCAGGAUACACCAAGCUCACAAGAGAGGGAGCCCCAGUUUGCUGCUACGACUGUUCUCCGUGUGUGGAAGGAACCAUCUCCACGGAGGAAGAUGCAGCCCACUGUAGAAAGUGUCCAGAUGACCAGCAUUCCAAUAAGAAGCGGGAUCAAUGUGUCCCCAAAGUUAUAAGCUUCCUGUCUUAUGAAGAAAUCUUAGGUCUGCUCCUGGCUCUCUUUUCCUCCUUUUUGUCUCUAACCACUGCCUUCAUUCUGGGAAUCUUCAUUAAAUACCGAGAAACACCCCUAGUCAAAGCCAACAACCGGGACCUCACCUACAUUCUCCUGGUUUCCCUCCUGCUUUCCUUCUUGACCCCCUUUCUAUUCAUUGGACACCCCAGGAAAGUGACCUGCCUUCUUCGACAAACCGCCUUCAGUGUUGUUUUCUCUGUUGCUGUGUCUUCAUUGCUGGCCAAGACUGUCAUGGUAGUGGUAGCCUUUCUGGCCACAAAGCCAGGCAGCAGGAUGAGGAAAUGGCUGGGGAAGAGUCUCGCCAACUCCAUUGUCUUGUCCUGCUCUGGGGUUCAGGUGGGCAUUUGCAUUAUAUGGCUGGGAAUCUCCCCUCCAUUCCCAGAUGCCGACCUGUAUUCCCAACCAGGACAUAUCUUGCUGCAGUGCAACGAAGUUUCAGUCACCAUGUUCUAUGCUGCAUUGGGUUAUAUGGGUCUUCUGGCUGCCAUCUGCUUCUUGGUGGCUUUCCCAGCUCGGAAGCUGCCAGGGACCUUCAAUGAAGCCAAGUGGAUCACCUUCAGCAUGUUGGUUUUCUACAGCGUUUGGGUCUCCUUUGUCCCUACCUACCUGAGCACCAAAGGGAAAUACAUGGUGGCCGUGCAGAUCUUCUCCAUCCUGGCCUCCAGCCUGGGCUUACUGGGCUGCAUCUUUAUCCCCAAAUGCUACAUCAUCAUCCUGAGACCUGACAUGAACACCAAGGAGCAUCUAAUGAUGAAAAUUAAUGUGGGCUCCUGA